GUGGUGGCUCAGAUUCCGUUUCACAGUCAUCACUCAUACUUAAGCUCCUAGCGAAGCUCAUCGUUACGUUUCAACGUUGAAGGCAGAUGAAUUUAACAGUAAUUGGGAGUGGACUAGUCGGUACGAUAACAGCGGCUACAAUUUCUAGUAAAACGGGUUACAAUGUAUUUGUAUUUGAUAGAGAUAUUGUUCGUAUCAGGUACUGGAACUCAAAGAAUUUUCCGAUAUUUGAACCUCAACUGGAUAGCCUUAUAGAUAGUUGUCAUAGUCUUACUUUCACUACCGACAUCGAUUCUAUACGAAAUGCUGAUAUUGUUGUAUUAGCUGUCGAUACGCCCAUCGAACAAUCAACGCAGUCUAUUAGCUUGAGAAACCUCAAAGACGCAUGUAUGCUCAUAGCGCAAAACUCAAACACAGACAAAAUAAUAGUGGAGAAAUCAACAGUACCGGUGAAUACUGCGUACACAAUUAAAGAGCUCCUUUCAAGUAACACAAGGUGUAAAUUUCAAGUUCUCUCUAAUCCCGAAUUCCUGUCACAGGGUACUGCAGUGGUCGAUUGUCUCUACCCUGACAGAAUUCUUAUUGGAUGUGACAACACGGAGAAGGGUCUCCAAGCACAAAAAAUUCUAGCUGAUAUUUAUGCCUGCUGGGUACCUCGGGACAAAAUUUUGACACAGCGGUUGUGGUCUGCAGAGCUUUCAAAAUUGGCUUCAAAUGCUUUUCUAGCACAGCGAAUAUCUUCUUUAAACUCUCUCAGCGCCGUUUGCGAAGCGACUGGAGCCAACAUUGAGGAAGUAUCAGAAUCAAUUGGUAGCGAUAAGCGAAUAGGAUUACACUAUUUGCGACCGUCUUUAGGUUUUGGAGGCUCUUGUUUUGAGAAAGAUCUUCUAAAUUUGGUAUACCUCUGUCGAUCAUGCAAUAUCCCAGAAGUUGCUAAUUAUUGGAUGCAAGUUAUUGAAAUGAACAACUAUCAAAUCAAUAGAUUCUCAAAACGCGUUAUAGAAACUCUCAAGUGUUAUGAAACUCCAAAAGUUUCCGUGUUAGGACUUGCAUAUAAAAAAGACACGGGUGAUACCCGGAUGAGUCCCUCUAUAAAAGUAAUUAAAGAAGUUCUCGAAACGAACUCAAUCAAAGCUUCAGUGACUGUCUAUGAUCCAAAAGUUACGCCCAUACAGAUAACGAAUGAACUUGAUGAUAAGGUCACUGUCGCUCACUCCAUCAUAGAAGCAACAAAGGGUGCCCAUAUGAUCCUAAUACUUACGAAUUGGGAUGAAUUUUAUACCACAUUAAAAUGGAUAGACGUAUACCAGGAAAUGGAAAAGCCUGCGUGGAUAUUUAACGGACAUCUAGGUUUAAAGAUUGAAGAACUACGAGAUAUAGGAUUUAAUGUCUAUCAAAUAGGUUAUUAAUUUACAGAUGCUACAUUACUUGUCGUCAUUGAUAAGCCAAUCAGUCUUGUUUUUAUACCUUUUAGCAGCCUUUUGCUCUUUAUACAAUUUCAGUUGCUCCUUUGUGAGCUUUUGCUUAACACUAUCCUUACCAAGUUGUUCGAUUUUCGCUUUCUUGUUAAAGUGAUCCUCGUUUCUUUGUCUCUCGAAGGCAUCAACAUCAAAAAAUGCAGCUUGCUGUCUCCGUGAUUUGUUAAUAGCUGAAACAUGCUCUGGUGUCUGCCAACUUUUACUGUUAAAUUGACCAGUACGAGUGUUGAACUUUGCUUGAACGUAUCCAUGGGGGUCUUUACUAGAUGAUGGUAAUAAAUGGGCUAGAUCCGGAUCAAUAGCGUCAUCUUCUUCUUGAUAGAACUGUCUUUUGUUGGAUGAUUUGUCUUCUUCUUUUUGUAUAUUAGAGAAUGGGUUAUCCCAGGUUGUAACGCCCGUAGUUUGAUUGUAAUAGUAAUAACGCUGUGAUUGUGGUUCAAAUAUCGCUGACCAGCCAUUGUUGCCUUGUAAAACUUGUGGUUGAGCAGCUUGUGCAGAUGACUGAGGAGGUUCUUCGCCUUCAGGGAGCGGUGGUUCUUCUUCUUCCGGUAGUGGUGGCUGCUCGUCUGGUAAAGGUGGUGCAUCUUCAUCUGGUAAAGGAGGAGCGUCUUCUUGAGUGUUUUUAUCAUUAUCUAACUUAUUCUGCUCAUUAGCUGACAUUUUUUAUUUCAGCUUUCUUAUCUAAAUAUAAACUUCUUGGUG